CAUGUUAUUAUUGUUAUUUUGGUCGCUGGCAGUGUGAUGAGACGGACAGGAGAGCCGUCGGGCUCCAAGACUAGGCUACUGCUCUUCCAGGCCGCCCCAGACUAAACCUCAUAGCCACCCCCGAAAAAGGAGCACUGUCGCCAACAGGGGAGAACGCCCAGCCUCUUCGACCGUCACAGGCGACAAAAACAAUACGCUAUUCGGCAAACCCAACGCCAGCCCCAGACUUGUAUGUGUGCGGUAACACACCGCGACGUGCCUUCGCAGAUAUGAACGGCAUCACCAAGGGCAGGUUCGAGGUGUUCUCCAACAGUGAUGAAGCUCCCAUUAACAAGAAGCUUCCCAAGGAGCUUCUGCUCAGAAUCUUCUCCUAUCUUGAUGUGAUCACAUUGUGCAGGUGUGCCCAGGUAUCCAAGGCGUGGAAUGUCCUGGCCUUGGAUGGUAGUAACUGGCAGAAGAUUGACCUCUUCAACUUCCAGACAGACAUAGAGGGUAGAGUAGUGGAGAACAUCUCCAAGCGAUGUGGAGGCUUCCUGAGGCAGCUGAGCUUGAGGGGUUGUCUCAGUGUGGGGGACGCAUCCAUGAAGACGUUUUCCCAGAACUGCCGUAGCAUUGAGGUGUUGAACCUGAACGGCUGCACUAAGAUCACAGACAGCACCUGUCUCAGCCUCUCCAAGUUCUGCUGCAAACUCAAACAGCUGGACCUCACCUCCUGUGUGUCUGUUACCAACCACUCCCUCAAAGCUCUCAGUGAUGGCUGUCGUAUGUUGGAGAUGUUGAACCUGUCGUGGUGUGACCAGAUCACCAGAGAUGGCAUCGAGGCUCUGGCCCGGGGCUGUAACAACCUACGAGCCCUGUUCCUACGCGGCUGCACACAGUUGGAGGAUGGAGCACUGAAACCCCUUCAGAAACACUGUCCUGAACUAACCACUAUCAACAUGCAGUCCUGCUCACAGAUAACUGAUGAUGGCUUGGUCAGUCUGUGUCGGGGAUGCCACAAGCUGCAGGUCCUGUGUAUCUCUGGCUGCAGUAACAUUACAGACGCCUCUCUCACUGCUCUGGGUCUCAACUGUCCCCGACUGAAGAUCUUGGAGGCUGCGCGAUGUUCACAGGUUACAGACGCUGGGUUUACUGUACUGGCCAGGAAUUGUCAUGAGAUGGAAAAAAUGGAUUUAGAAGAAUGUAUUUUGGUGACUGACAACGCACUAGUCCAGCUCGCUAUUCACUGCCCUCGCCUGCAAGCACUGUCUCUCUCCCACUGUGAGUUGAUAACAGACGAUGGUAUCAGGGCGCUGAGCAGCAGUGUGUGUGGACAGGAGCGCCUCACAGUGGUGGAGUUGGAUAACUGCCCUCUGAUCACAGACGUGACUCUGGAGCAUCUGAAGAACUGCCACCGUCUGGAAAGGAUAGAACUCUACGACUGCCAGCAGGUCACCAGGGCCGGCAUCAAACGCAUACGGGCUCAUCUCCCAGAGAUAAAAGUCCACGCCUACUUUGCCCCGGUGACACCCCCUCCUUCGGUGCACGGCGGGGGCCAGAGGCUGUGUCGCUGCUGCAUCAUCCUCUGACAGUGGAGGGCCAGGGGGGGUCAGCUCUGCCUGCAGGUCCUACUGCUGUGACCCCCCCCCCCCCAACAAUAACCCACCUGAUCCCUGCAAGAUGAUGAGACAGACCCUGAACCCCACCACUACACAACUACACCCUGAACCCCACCACAAGACAACUACACCCUAAACCCCACCACAACUACACCACAAUACCUGGAAUCCCACCACAACACAACUAUACCACAAUACCCUGAACCCCGCCACUACACAACUACACCCUGAACCCCACCACAACACCCUGAACCCCACCACAACACAACUACACCCUGAACCCCACAACAAGAAAACUACACCACAAUACCCUACCACAACACAACUACACCACAAUACCCUGAACCCCACCACAACACAACUGCUCCCUGAACCCCACCACAACUACAUCACAACAUCUUGAACCCCACCACAACACAACUACUCCCUGAACCCCACCACAACACAACUACACCACAAUACCCUGAACCCCCACCACUACACAACCCCACCGCAACACCCUGAACCCCACCACAACACAACUACACAACUAUAACACAACACCCUGAACCCUACCACAACUACACCACAACAACCUGAACCCCACCACAACUAAACCACAACACCCUGAACCACACUACAACACAACUACACCCUGAACCACACCACAACUAUACCACAAUACCCUAAACCCCACCACUACACCCUGAACCCCACCACAACACCCUGAACCCCACCACAACACAACUACACCCUGAACCCCACCACAACACCCUGAACCCCACCACAACACAACUACUCCCUGAACCCCACCACAACACCUUGAACCCCACCACAACUAUACCACAACACCCUGAACCCCACCACUAUACCACAACACCCUGAACCCCACCACUACACAACUACACCACAAUACCCUGAACCCCACCACUAUUCCACAACACCACAAUCCCCUGAACCCCACCACAACUACACCACAACACCCUGAACCCCACCACAUCUACACCACAACACCCUGAACCUCACCACAACUACACCACAACACCCUGAACCCUACCACAACUGCACCACAAACACCCUGAGCCCCACCACAACUACACCACAAACACCAUGAGCCCCACCACAACUACACCACAAACACCAUGAGCCCCACCACAACUAUACCACAACACACUGAGCCCCACCACAACACAACUACACCACAACACUCUGAACCCCACCACAACACAACUACACCACAACACCCUGAACCCCACCACAACACAACUACACCCUGAACCCCACCACAACACAACUACACCACAAUACCCUGAACCCCACCACAACACAACUACUCCCUGAACCCCACCACAACUACACCACAACACAUUGAACCCCACCACAACUACACCACAAUACCCCGAACCCUACCACAACUACACCACAAUACCCCGAACCCUACCAGAACUACACCACAAUACCCCGAACCCUACCACAACUACACCACAAUACCCUGAACCCCUCCACAACUAUACCACAACACCCUGAACCCCACCACUAUACCACAACACCCUGAAACCCACCACUACACAACUACACCACAACACCCUGAACCCCACCACAACUGCACCACAAACACCCUGAACCCCACCACAACUGCACCACAAACACCCUGAACCCCACCACAACUACACCACAAACACCCUGAGCCCCACCACAACUACACCAAACACCAUGAGCGCCACCACAACUAUACCACAAACACACUGAGCCCCACCACAACACAACUACACCACAACACCCUGAACCCCACCACAACUACACCACAACACCCUGAACCCCACCACAACACAACUACACACUGAACCCCAUCACAACACAAUACCCUGAACCCCACCACAACACAACUACUCCCUGAACCCCACCACAACUUCACCACAACACCUUGAACCCCACCACUACACAACUACACCACAAUACCCCGAACCCUACCACAACUACACCACAAUACCCCGAACCCUACCACAACUACACCACAAUACCCUGAACCCCUCCACAACUAUACCACAACACCCUGAACCCCACCACUAUACCACAAUGCACUGAACCCCACCACUACACAACUACAUAACUACACCACAAUCCCCUGAACCCCACCACAACUACACCACAACACCCUGAACCCCACCACAACUACACCACAACACCCUGAACCCCCCCACAACUACACCACAACACCCUGAACCCCACCACAACUAUACCACAACACCCUGAACCCCACCACAACUACACCACAACACAACUACACAACUAUACCACAAUAACCUGAACCCCACCACAACUACACCACAACACCCUAAAUCCCACCACAACUACACCACAACACCCUGAACCCCACCACAACAGGACUACACCACAAGACUCUGAACCCCACCACAACUACAGCACAACACCCUGAACCCCACCACAACUACACCACAACACCAUGAACCCCACCACAACACAACUACACCACAACACCCUGAACCCCACCACAACUACACCACAAUACCCUGAACCCCACCACAACACAACUGCUCCCUGAACCCCACCACAACUACACCACAACACCCUGAACCCCACCACAACAGGACUACACCACAAGACUCCGAACCCCACCACAACUACAGCACAACACCCUGAACCCCACCACAACUACACAAUGAACCCCACCACAACACAACUACACCACAACACCCUGAACCCCACCACAACACAACUACACCACAACACCCUGAACCCCACCACUACACAACUACACCAGAAUACCCUGAACCCCACCACAACUGCACCACAAACACCCUGAACCCCACCACAACUACACCACAAAUACCCUGAGCCCCACCACAACUACACCACAAACACCCUGAGCCCCACCACAACUACACCACAAACACCAUGAGCCCCACCAAACACAACUACACCACAACACCCUGAACCCCACCACAACACAACUACACCCUGAACCCCACCACAACUACACCACAAUACCCUGAACCCCACCACAACACAACUACUCCCUGAACCCCACCACAACUACACCAAACACCCUGAGCCCCGCCACAACUACACCACAAACACCAUGAGCCCCACCACAACUAUACCCCACCACAACACAACUAUACCACAACACCCUGAACCCCACCACAACACAACUACUCCCUGAACCCCACCACAACUACACCACAACACCUUGAACCCCACCACUACACAACUACACCACAAUACCCCGCACCCUACCACAACUACACCACAAUACCCUGAACCCCACCACAACUAUACCACAACACCCUGAACCCCACCACAACUAUACCACAACAUCUUGAACCCCACCACCACAACACCCUGAACCCCACCACAACUACACAACUAUACCACAAUACCCUGAACCCCACCACAACUACACCACAACACCCUGAACCCCACCACAACUACACCACAACACAACUACACAACUAUACCACAAUACCCUGAACCCAGCCACAACUACACCACAACAUCUUGAACCCCACCACAACUACACCACAACACCCUGAACCCCACCACAACUACACCACAACACCCUGAACCCCACCACAACUACACCACAACACCCUGAACCCCACCACAACUAUACCACAACACCCUGAACACCACCGCUAUACAACAACACCUUGAACCCCACCACAACUACACCACAACACAACUACACAACUAUACCACAAUACCCUGAACCCUAUCACAACUACACCACAACACCCUGAACCCCACCACAACUAUACCACAACACCAUGAACCCCACCACAACUAUACCACAACACCCUGAACCCCACCACCACAACACCCUGAACCCUACCACAACUACACCACAACACCCUGAACCCCACCACAACUAUACCACAACACCCUGAACACCACCACUAUACAACAACACCUUGAACCCCACCACUACACCACAAUACCCUGAACCCUACCACAACUACACCACAAUACCCUGAACCCUACCAAAACUACACCACAACACCCUGAACCCCACCACAACUAUAUCACAACACCCUGAACCCCACCACUAUACCAAAACACCUUGAACCCCACCACAACUACACCACUACACCACAAUUGCCUUGAACCCCACCACAACUUCACCACAACACCCUGAACCCCACCACAACACAACUACACCACAACACCCUAAACCCCACCACAACUACACCACAACACCCUGAACCCCACCACAACUACACCACAACACCCUGAACCCCACCACAACAGGACUACACCACAAGACCCUGAACCCCACCACAACUACACCACAACACCAUGAACCCCACCACAACGACACCACAAUACCCUGAACCCCACCACAACUACACCACAAUACCCUGAACCCCACCACAACUACACCACAAUACCCUGAACCCCACCACAACACAACUGCUCCCUGAACCCCACCACAACUACACCACAACAUCUUGAACCCCACCACAACACAACUACUCCCUGAACCCCACCAUAACUACACCACAACACCUUGAACCCCACCACUACACCACAAUACCCUGAACCCCACCACACCUACACCACAACACACUGAACCCCACCACAACACAACUACAUCACAACACCCUGAACCCCACCACAACACAACUACACCACAAUACCCUGAACCUCACCACUACACAACUACACCACAACACCCUGAACCCCACCACAACACAACUACACCACAACACCCUGAACCCCACCACAACUACACCACAACACCCUGAACCCCACCACAACAGGACUACACCACAAGACCCUGAACCCCACCACAACUACACCACAACACCAUGAACCCCACCAUAACGCCACCACAAUACCCUGAACCCCACCACAACUACACCACAAUACCCUGAACCCCACCACAACUACACCACAAUACCCUGAACCCCACCACAACACAACUGCUCCCUGAACCCCACCACAACUACACCACAACAUCUUGAACCCCACCACAACACAACUACUCCCUGAACCCCACCAUAACUACACCACAACACCUUGAACCCCACCACUACACCACAAUACCCUGAACCCCACCACACCUACACCACAACACACUGAACCCCACCACAACACAACUACAUCACAACACCCUGAACCCCACCACAACACAACUACACCACAAUACCCUGAACCUCACCACUACACAACUACACCACAACACCCUGAACCCCACCACAACACAACUACACCACAACACCCUGAACCCCACCACAACUACACCACAACACCAUGAACCCCACCACAACUACACCACAACACCCUGAACCCCACCACAACAGGACUACACCACAAGACCCUGAACCCCACCACAACGACACCACAAUACCCUGAACCCCACCACAACGACACCACAAUACCCUGAACCCCACCACAAUACCCUGAACCCCACAACUACACCACAAUACCCUGAACCCCACCACAACACAACUGCUCCCUGAACCCCACCACAACUACACCACAACAUCUUGAACCCCACCACAACACAACUACUACCUGAACCCCACCAUAACUACACCACAACACCUUGAACCCCACCACUACACCACAAUACCCUGAACCCCACCACACCUACACCACAACACACUGAACCCCACCACAACUACAUCACAACACCCUGAACCCCACCAAAACACAACUACACCACAACACCCUGAACCCCACCACAACUACACAACUAUAACACAACACCCUGAACCCCACCACAACACAGCUACACCACAAUGCCCUGAACCUCACCACUACACAACUACACCACAACACCCUGAACCUCACCACUACACAACUACACCACAACACCCUGAACCCCACCAAAACACAACUACACCACAACACCUUGAACCCCACCACUACACCACAACAACCUGAACCCCACCACAACUAAACCACAACACCUUGAACCCCACCACUACACAACUACACCACAAUACCCUGAACCCCACCAAAACUACACCACAAACACCCUGACCCCCACCACAAACACCCUAACCCCCACCACAAACACCCUGAGCCCCACCACAACUACACCACAAACACACUGAGCCCCACCACAACUACACCACAAUAUCCUGAACCCCACCACGACAACACCACAACACCCUGAACCCCACCACCACACAACUAUACCACAAUACUCUGAACCCCACCACUACACAACUACACCAAAACACCCUGAACCCCUCCACAACUACAAUACAACACCCUGAACCUCACCACAACUAUACCACCACACAACACCCUGAACCCCACCACAACACAACUACACCACAACAACCUGAACCCCACCACAACACCCUGAACCCCACCAUGACCACAACACACUGGACCCCACCACGACUAUACAACAACACACUAGACCACAACACAGCUACACCACAACACCCUGAACCCCACCACUACACAACUACACCACAAUACCCUGAACCCCACCACUACACAACUACACCACAAUACCCUGAACCCCACCACUACACAACUACACCACAAUACCCUGAAACCCACCACAACACAUUGAUACCCACAACAACACAACUACACCACAAUACCCUGAACCCCACCACAACUACACCAAACACCCUGAACCCCACCACGACUACAACACAACACCCUGAACCCCACCACGACUACACCACAACACACUGGAUGCCACCACGACUACACCACAACACUCUGGACCCCACCACGACUACAGCACAACACCCUGGACCCCACCACAACUACAACAAAACACCCUGAACCCCACCACGACUACACCACAACACCCUGGACCCCACCACAACAGAACUACACCACAACACCCUGGACCCCACCACAACAGAACUACACCACAACACACUGGAUGCCACCACGACUACACCACAACACCCUGAACCCCACCACAACUAUAACACAACACCCUGGACCCCACCACAACUACAACACAACACCCUGAACCCUACCACGACUACAAAACAAAACCCUGGACCCUAUGAACCACACGGUCUUCUUCAGUAGGCAGUAAACAGAAGAAGGUUAUUCAAAAAUGAGAGGUUCUGAAUUUUUCCAAUGAUAAACAAAAAAAUAUAUAAUUCUGUUGCAAACUGUUUUUCUACAGUCUGACUUCCUGAACACGACCCUGGUAAACACCCUGGACCUACUGGUCACUACAGGUCAAUGAUCAAUACAGACUGAUUGAUCACUACCUAUAAAUGAUCAAUUGAUCAGUUGGACUCUUGCUGAUCUGCACUGCAAUCUCCUACUCGGGUGGAGAGAGGGGAGUGUGAGGGGUCUUUUUUCUCUGACAGAACUCUGUGAGUCUAGCCUCCCUCCCCUUCCAGACCCCUUCCAGACCCCUCCAACACCACCCUCCCCUUCCAGACCCCUUCCAGACCCCUCCAACACCACCCUCCCCUUCCAGACCCCUUCCAGACCCCUCCAACACCUCCCUCCCCUUCCAGACCCCUUCCAGACCCCUCCAACACCUCCCUCCCCUUCCAGACCCCUUCCAGACCCCUCCAACACCACCCUCCCCUUCCAGACCCCUCCUCUCCAACACCACCCUCCCCUUCCAGACCCCUCCAACACCACCCUCCCCUUCCAGACCCUCCUCUCCAACAUUACCCUCCCCUUCCCGACCCCUCCUCUCCAACAUUACCCUCCCCUUCCAGACCCCUCCUCUCCAACACCACCCUCCCCUACCAGACCCCUCCUCUCCAACAUUACCCUCCCCUACCAGACCCCUCCUCUCCAACAUUACCCUCCCCUUCCAGACCCCACCUUUCCAACACCACCCUCCCUUUCCAGACCCCUCCUCUCCAACACUACUCUCCCCUUCGAGACCCCUCCUCUCCAACACUUGGACUAGAGGAUGAGGGGGGACGAUCCUAAAGAGGCAGAAGUCUACAACCCACAAAAUGGUGGACAGUGUUAUUCAGGAAGGUGCAAUGGUACAGAACUUGCACAUAGGAGUACAGAUGUGACAACGAGCAUUGGUAAUCAUGUCAACUCCAUACGUGACAAUUCUAUCUGCCAAGUUUGAACCGUAUUGCCCUUCUAACCACACAUCUGGACAACGCAUCACUCUGGGUGGACUUCAUCUCAACCAAUCACACGCCACCUCUGUGUGACCGUGCUGUAAGUCAACCUGCUUCGACCACUGGACACCCAGCCUGUGAACGCCAAAAGGAGGAUUCUGGCAAGUGUAGUGAUUCUGGGUGUGAACAGAGAGGAUGCUGGGAUAGCUCUCUGAGACUCGGAUCUACGGAGAGGACACCACUAAACCCCGCCCAUACAGGUGCAAACUGAAAACCAGUACAAAACUGGACAUUUGAUGUUUUUUCUGAGAACUUGCCAUUUGAGACUCAGUUUUUGUUUGUAAAGAGAAUGUUUUGCAAUGAUGGCAAAAAAAGAAUUACAAUAUGGCAACUCCCCUUCGGAUUGGAGUUGGCCAGUAACACAUUUUUAUUUUCCCUCUUUUUUCCCCGUGCUUAUUGUAAUUGUCCAUGCUUGUCUAUCCAGAGAGGGAGAUUAGAUCUGUGUAUCUCUCCUUUUGAAAAUAAUGAAAGCAAACUGUUACCGUUGGACAGAAAUGGACUGUCUCUGUCAGAAGCACAGCAUCUGAUGACAUCAAGUUGUUUUUGUAUGCUACAUCACUGGAACAUGUGUACUCAGGGCCUCUUGUGCACUGUGUGACUGUGGAACACACAGGCCUGGUUCCAAGCUGACCACUAGCCUCUUGUGCACUGUGUGACUGUGGAACACACAGGCCUGGUUCCAAGCUGACCACUAGCCUCUUGUGCACUGCGUGACUGUGGAACACACAGGCCUGGUUCCAAGCUGACCACUAGCCUCUUGUGCACUGUGUGACUGUGGAACACACAGGCCUGGUUCCAAGCUGACCACUAGCCUCUUGUGCACUGCGUGACUGUGGAACACACAGGCCUGGUUCCAAGCUGACCACUAGCCUCUUGUGCACUGUGUGACUGUGGAACACACAGGUCUGGUUCCAAGCUGACCACUAGCCUCUUGACCUCUGAGCAACUCCUGAGUCCCCUUCAAAGAAAUGAAAGCCAGAGGUUUGAGCCUAAGUGACGAUCAUGCGUCUUAAAAAAUAAAUAUCUGGAGCAGUGGAAACAAGCAACGUGGCAGAUACUUCACACAGUCUACAAGAUGGAGAUCGAGGGCAAGGUUAAUUCCACUGUAUUUUCAGAUGUUCAAGGUAGAGUUAAGAAUGGUUACCAGAAGUGGGCCUUGAUCAAUUUGAGGGUGAGGUAUAGCUAUGUUACUGCUAUGUUACCUACCAUGAGCAUUCUUAUCCACGGCGUUCCCGGGGAUAAAGGGUCAGGGCUAGGGGCCAGUGGUGGGUUUGGGAUGAGGCCUGUGUGUGUGUGUCUCAGACAGACAGAGGUAUAUCGUAUAUAAUAUGGGUGUUUGACUUAGAUGCUGCUGGUGCUGAGUUGUGAAGCUGACUGACCUCCAGGGUUGGAGUCAAUUCCUUUUCAAAAAUGGAAUUGAUCCCAACCCUGCUGACCUCACUACAUGGUAGUGAUACUAACAGCCUCUCUUUGACAGAUGGUCUAACAGGAGUUUUAUGUUGAAGAAAAUAAAUAAUGAAUAAAUAAACAUAACAUAAAUAAAAGUAACUGAUAGUAAAUGUG